AUCGUUCUCUGUCCAAUUAAUCUCUGUUAUUUUCAUUUAUCUUAAUAAAUAGUAUUAGGAGAAUUUUACAAAUCUAAAUUAUCCUAAUCCUAUCCUUUUUCCGAUACUACAAUUGGGGGCUCGAGCCGGGAUUGAAUCCAGACAGAGAACGACACGUUUAACGGAACUAAUUGUGCUGAAAAAAAAGAGUUGAAAAUGGCAAAUUGUGAAGAGGAACAGUUUUCGACUGAAGAGGGUUCGACGCUGGAGGAGCUAAGAAAUAAGCUCGCACGUCUGAAUCUGCCGAUAUCUGGUUCGAAGUCAGUGCUGAUGGCCAGGCUGAACCGAGCGUAUAAGGCUGGUCAAUCAACUCCGAAGGAAUCGAAGCGCGAUGAAGAAUCGGUAAAUCAGCGAGACCUACGGAGUGGGCAGAGAGCUGAGCCCGAUUAGGAUGGAGACGAAGACCUCGAGAAGCUGAGGACGAAGGAGUUGAGAGCCUGCCUCGCUAGCUUGGGGUUAAAGGUCACAGGGAGAAAAUCUGAACUACGCGCACGGCUACAGGCGGCCCUGGAAAGAGACAACGUAUCGUCGGAAGAAGAAAGCGACGACGAAAGUGACAAUGAAGAAGAUGAGAGAGACGUGAUAAAACACGAGGGAGGUACGCGAGCGAUGUGCUCGGACCGUGAUAAAUAUCGCCAAAAGGCAGGUACCGUCUCGGUAUUAAGCUUUAAAGAUGUCGAAGACGCACUAGAAUUGUUUAGCGGCGACAAAGGUGAAAACGUGAAGCGAUGGUUCGAAUCAUUCGAAGAAAUCGCGGACACGUGUAUGUGGUCGGACGGUCAGAAGGCAGUCUACGCUAGGAAGCUGCUGAGGGGAUCGGCGAAAAUAUUCGCAAGCUUCGAAUGCCAUGCCAGGACUUGGCAUGAGCUGAAGAACGGACUAAUCAGAGAGUUCUCCAGAACGUCCAACAGUAGGCAAGUACACCAAAAGCUUAGAGAGACGAGAAAGAAAAGCGACGAGGCGUGCUUGGCCUACAUGUAUCGCAUGCUGGAAAUAGCCAGUCAUGCCUAUAUAGAGGAAGAAGUCAAAGUAGAAUACGUCAUAGACGGGAUAACGGACGAAGAAGUCCAUAAAUCUAUGCUGUAUGGUGCUGCAUCCAUUAAGGAGUUAAGGAAGAGGCUAAUCGCGUACGAGGAACAGAAGAGCCGAAGGACGAAGUCGGUUGCGAAGCUGGCCAGAGUUGAGAGAAACAACAGUCCCAAUCAAGGUGGAAGUGCGAGAAAGACGCGCUGCUACAAUUGCGGCGAUAAAGCACAUGUAAGCGCGGAUUGCCCGAACGGAUCGAGAGGUCCUAAGUGCUUCAAGUGUAGAGAGUACGGACACCUCGCAUCGAGAUGCAGCGAUCUGGGUAAGUCCCCUAAAGAGGUUUGUAAUACGCAGAAGUCGCUGCGAGCGGGUUGUAAAAGUGUUAGAAUUGGAAAUUGCGAACUGAGCGCGUUGAUAGAUACCGGUAGCCAAUUAGCCCUGAUGCGGGCGGAUCAACAUGCCAAAAUUUGAGCGCCCAAAUUAAUUCGGGAAAUUAUCGAGUUUCGCAGUAUCGGAUCCGAGAACAAUCUUACGCUCGGGAAAUUUUCAACGGAUAUUGUCAUAGAUGAUGAGUUAUAUCAUAUAACGGUGCAUGUAGUUCCGAACACUAUGAUGCACCGUUCGUUGAUAAUAGGCACAGACUUCCUGGAUACCGUUGAGAUGAACAGGAGGAGGGGAGAUAUCUCCAUUUUCAGAUUAAAAGACGAAAACUCCGAUGGGAUUCCGGAAGUUUUUAAA